AUGGCUCCCCGAAAGAUUAUCAUCGACACCGAUCCCGGCGUGGAUGAUGUCAUGGCUAUGCUGUUGGCUCUCAGUGCCAGCAAGGAGGAGGUUGAGGUUAUCAUGAUCUCGGUCACUUAUGGCAAUGUGCCUCUGGAAUGCUGUGGACGCAACGUCGUCGGCAUGAUGCAGGUGAUUGAGAAGGAAAUGGCCUGGCGUAAAGCCAACGGCCGCCCUGAAGGCUUUGAGGCUCUCAAGGCAUGUAAGCCCGUGGUUGCUCUCGGCGCAGAGCAUCCUCUGGAGGAAAAGAAUCUCAAGUUUGACCACUUCCACGGUCUGGAUGGUCUUCACAACGUUCAUGCCACGUUCCCAGACUUUAGCCCUCCCGAGAAGUGGCUGCAAAUUUUCCGCGAGCAGGGCUCGUCCGAGACGAACCUGGAAAAGAUCUCGCCACUCUUCACGCCCUCACGGGAGCUCGCGCACAAGGAGAUUUUGCGCCUCCUCAAGGAGAACCCCGUCGAUAGCGUCUCCAUCCUCACCGUCGGCCCCAUGACCAACGCGGCCCUCGCCGCGUCCGAGGACCCCGAGACCUUCCUCCGGGCCAAGGAGGUCGUCGUUAUGGGCGGCGCCGUCAAGGUCCAGGGCAACAUCACCCCCGUCGCCGAGUUCAACACGUACGCCGACGCCGUGGCCGCGGCGCGCGUCUUCGCCCUCAGCUCGCUCACGCCCUCGGCCACGCUGCCGCCGGCCACGGUGAACAAGGCGCUGCCGCCGUACCCGGAGAACCUGUCGCGGCCGCUGCGCGUCGUGCUCUGCCCCCUCGACAUCACGGAGCCGCACGAGCUGUCCAGUAAGUACUUCUCCGCGACCAUGGCGCCCGUCGUGGCCUCGGGCAGCCCGCUGGCCGCCUGGGUGCAGCACUUUGUCGGCGGCGCGUUUGCCAAGAUUGCGAGCAUCCUGGGCCCGGAGACCGAGGCCGGCCUGUCGCUGCACGACCCCAUGACGGUGUGGUACGCGCUCGCCCGCGACAACGACCCGGAGUGGAAGCUCACCGAGGCCGAGGACAUCCGCAUCGAGACCGAGGGCCAGUGGUCGCGCGGCCAGCACAUUGUCGACCACCGCGGCAAGCUGCGCCCCGCAGAGGCCGCGUUCCUCGCAUCGGUGGACCCGCGCAACGACCCCGAGGUCCUGAGGCUCGACCAGGCCGAGGGUGACGAGCUGGGCUGGUUGAGCGUCCUCAAGCGUAACCGCAUCUACCGGGUAGUGGGAACGCCUGGUGAGGAAAUCUUCAAGGAGGUGCUCCUGCAGCGGGUUUUCGGAUUAGCAAAGUAA